AUGUCAUCGUUUUCUAAUGAUGUAUUGUGGCAAGAUAGAGAAGUUCGCUUUGAUACUCCACGCUGUGAUUUAAUAUUUAGAAAGGGGGAAGUAAUCUUCAAACCCAUAGAAAAUGUUGAAGAUGUGAAAGGAAACAAUGGAGAUAAAGGGACUCUAUACAUAACUAACCUGAGACUACUCUGGAUAUCUAAGUGUGAAAUUCGGAAUAGCUUAUGUAGGAUUAAAGAUGUGCUGUUACUUAUAUUACUUCAGCUAUUGGCUUUAGCUGCUUCAUAA